AUGGCGCAACCACUCACUUUCAUGGACCUCUCUGUAGAGAUCAAGACGAACAUCGUUCAACAUAUCCUCCGACCUACAGACCUCAGAAACCUCGCCCUUGUUUGCAAGCAGCUGCACGAGAUUGCUGUCCGCGAACUAUACUACGAAGUCGAGCUCGACCUUGGCUCCCCCAACGACACCCGCCUAGCAGCCUUCCUCAGCCCUAAAAACAUCGGCCUCCAGCACAUCAAGAACCUCGAGCUGUACCUCGCGGACGUGCCGGACAAAUGUAACCAGGAAGUUCAGGCAAACUUCGCCGUGCGCAUGAUACUCGAGCUCCUCCCCGAAAACACACUCGAGCGGUUCUCAUGGCAUCCCUGGUCGGCCUUCUCCGCGGACAAUCUGAUAUUGCUGUACAAGAAACAAAAACGGAUGAAGUGGCUCGAGGCAAUCGCGCUGGACAAGAACGCCAUAGACGAGAUCCAAAAGAUUCCAAACUUUGACGACGUCUUCCAGAACGUCACCAAGCUCGGGCUGUACCCGGAUAACCGCCAGGUCCUCGAUUACUGCCACUUGCUCCUCAAGAAAUCGCCGAAGCUGGAGAACCUCACCCUGCACGCCAACUUUGAUCAGAAUCCUAACCAAGGGCCAAACCCACUUUCCGAGCGUGAGUUGAGCGAUUCGAGCACUGGCCCAGGGUUGAUUACUUCGACUAUAUUCGCGCAUAUGCAGCCGUUUGACAAGUGUGUGCCCUUGGCCUUGAAGAAGGUUUAUCUCCACAAAAUCAGUCUGAGGUAUGCGGCGGAUACGUUCUGCAAGGUGAUUGAUUUCCGGACCGUCUCGUCGAUUGGGAUACAUAGCUGUCCGGGAGCCGAUGCUCUGUUCGCCGCCUUGUCGAAGAGCGCACAGCUUCCGAAUAAGCUGGAGAAGCUGGAAUUCAAGCAUUUCGAUAAUCACGAGCAAGACGGUCUCAGUGCCCUGGACGGGUUCCUGUGCCUCGUUUCGGGCUUGAAGGAGUUGACUAUCGAUAUCCUAUGCGGAAGAGAGAUGCCCGCGGCCGCUGGUAUUGUGCGGCAUUCCAAAACGCUCAAGACGCUGAAUGUGCAUGUGCAUAUGAGACCCGACGAGGGCGAGACGGAGCUGUUUUUCAACUAUCCUGCGUUCAGCGACAUCUGCAAGAACUGCAAUAAGUUGGAGCAGUUGUCAGUGGCGUUUCCACCUGCCGUCGUCACGGCGUUGAAGCAAGGCAUGUAUGCCGACUUCGAGACCUGCCUUACCGACCUGCCCAACCUCGUCACCCUCAACAUCACCACCUGGCCGGCCCACGACCCCCUCUCCGAGAAGCUGCCACGCAAAAUCUACGAACACAACCUUCAACGCCUUGCCCAAACCACAUUCGUCAAACACUCCAAAGCCGUGGCGGCGUCCUCCUCCGCAUCACAGUCGCGCCGGUAUUCCAAACUCGCAAUCAUUGCUUUCGGCACCUCGAAUAAGAUCUACGAGCGCGAAGAGAGCCCUAAUCAAAUUAUCUUUGUAAAGGGGAAGCAGGUGGAUCCGCUGGGCACGGAGAAGCCCGUGGCGUACCCCCCUCCACCUCCGUCCGACGAACCCUUCGCGCCGUGGAACGAUACUCCGCACCCGCACCAGACGUCCCCAUCUCAGGCGCCACAGUCAGCACCACCCCAACUCCCAUACAGUCCGCAGAGCCUGUACCCCAAGCUCGAGAGCUUGGGCGAUGUCCUCCAGCAGCAGGCGCACCAGGCGACGCAUGCGCUGAGUGACGCGCGCAAUCAUCCGUUGCCGCAUUUGCAGCAGCAGGCUCAGCAGCAGAGGCCGAAUCGAUUGAGGAAGGCGUGCGAUUCGUGCAGUAUACGGAAAUGCGAUGAAUCCGGCCCACCAUGUAGAGCCUGCGCCGCCCUCGAGAUCCCAUGUACCUUCGACCGCCCCAGUCGUCGUCGCGGCCCGCCCAACCGCCACGCCGAAGCCAUCAAGAAGAAGCGCCGUCUCGACGGAACAGACGGUGGCUCUGGACCUUCAACUCCUGCCUCCCCAACCAAUGCCGCCCAUGCCCUCGCCCAACUCUCCUCGCACGCCCCGCAACAGCUGUCCGCCGAGUCAAUAUGCCCCGUCCCGACCAUGAAUGCCCUUAUCGACGAUUUCUUCACCCAUAUACACCCGCUAUGUCCGUUCCCGCACGAGCCGUCAUUCAGAGAAGCAUGGGAGAGACGCGAGGACUACACGAAUCCGCCGUUCCUGGCCCUCCUCUCCGCCAUGAUCGCUUGUCUGGUCGCCUCGUUCCCCAGGAAACCGCGGCUCCAUCUCAAGAUGCAGACGCGCGACCACUACCCCUCGCACCUCGCCCUCGUAGACAAAUGCCGCGAAGUAUGCGCCCAAGCCCGCGGGCCCGGCUACCUCGACAGCCCGUCGCUGAACGUCUACGACGCAUGCACGAGCUACUUCCUCGGCCUGGCGGGCGCGUACACGUUCCAGUGGCGGCAACUGAGGCUGUAUUUUGGCGAGUGUCUUACGGUUCUGCGGGCGCUGGGCUUGCACAAGGCGAGUGAGCAGGGAUACACGUUUCUGGGGGGUGUGCCAGGGGCGUUGGGGUCGAAUGGGCCGGAUUACGAGGGGAGUAAGGAGUUGAAGCUGGAUAAGAUUACGGAGCAGAUUGGGCGGAGGCUGUUUUGGACCGUCUUUGUUGGUGCUCGCACCAUGCAACAACUCGGCGCCUCCUUCGGCGAACUCACCAUCCUCCCUUCGACACCGUCGGAACCCCUCCCUCCUCUCCCCGCCGAAAUCGACGACCCCUUCAUCUACCCAGACCACAUCCUCCCCCAACCCCCGCACGUCGUGCCGCUCCUCGCCGGCUUCAACAUCAACGUCCGCAUCUACUCGUCCUACGCCGCCCUCUCUACGGCGGAAAUGGCAUUCGGCUCUGACGAGCUCUUUGACUGGGACCGCCAGCAGCGCAUCCUGGAGCACAGUCUCAAGAGCGUGAAACAGGUCCUCGUGGAUAUACCCGAGGUGCUGAAGGUGAUGCCGCAGGAUAGCGUCAAUGGGCGGUUUGGACAGAGACGGCAGCCGUACUACCCGCCCAUGCCCGAGUAUGGACAUCAGGAUCCCGGAGCGAGAAGAGCGGCGCAGUACGAGAUUCAGAAGGCGAAUAUUUACGCCAGUCAUUUGAGCAUUCGGUCCUACUUGGUGGAGAAGUACUUUACGCUGCUGGAGAAACAUCGAGAACGGGAGCAGCAGGGCAAGUCGGUGAAGGUGGAAGAGGAGGGCGGUCGGGCGGAUGUAGCGGCUGGACUGGAUCGACUGGUCCCUGGGGGUGCGGCGGAACAGCAGCAGCAGCAGCAGCAGCAAGAAGAUGCGGCGCGAAGGCUGGAAGAGGAGAUGGGCGUGGAAAGGGAGCAGGUGAUUAAGGAUCUAUUGGUGGUGCUGGGGAGCAUUGACAUGGUGAACAUGGAGCCGAAUGCGGACAGUUUUCUAACAAAUCUUAUCGCACAGAUACAGAAGAUCCGCCAAAUCGCAUCCACGCUCCUCUCGCCCCGCCACCCCUCCUCCUCCUCGUCUCCCUCGCGCGCCUCCACCACCAUAUCCCAGCAAAACCAAGAGUACCUGCACAAAUUCCUCGGCAUCCUCGCUCGACUGGAGCGCGUGAAUCCCGGGGGCGCCGUGGCGGGCCAAACCCCCGGUGAAGGCUUUGUGCAGCACCAGCAGCACCAGCAGCAAAACGGGAGUAAUGGGGCGGGUGCGCCGGUGGCGCCCAUGAUGGAUGAGGAGAGCGAGUUGAGAGCUUGGGCGGAUCUGAGGGAGUAUCAGUUACGGUUUCAGGAGCAGGGGGGGAUUUAUGGGUUUGCUCAGUAG